ACGCGGAAAAGAGAAGGGGAAUAUAACAUGGCGGUGGUUAGUUUGAAGGCGUUUUAUUGCGUGUCUGCCUGUGUAGCUCUACUCGCCCUUGUAUUGGUACAUUUGGAACCAGCGUUGAAGGACACCUUCCCGCGAGCACACAAGGCAGUAAGGGCAUUGAAAACAAAAGCUUACAAGGUAUUUUGGCGCACAGAUCCUGCACACUAUCUCGCCGAUGGCGUGUUCAGUUCCGAAAUGCUCGAAGCGUACGACGGCUCCGCUAACAGUCGGGGAGUAUACCUUGCUGUUCUUGGACGAGUGUACGACGUACAAAAAGGAGCGGAGCAUUAUCGACCAGGAGGAGGAUAUUCACAUUUUGCAGGGCGUGACGCUUCUCGAGCGUACAUCACUGGCGACUUUAGCGAAGCCGGCCUUUCCGAUGACUUGACUGGCGUCGAAGACGAUUCUCUUCUGUCAUUCAAAGAAUGGGUCGACUUUUAUGAAACUGAAUACAAGUUUGUAGGGAAACUUUCUGGACGUUACUAUACAAAUGAGGGGCGACCUACCGAGGAGCUCAAGGCUGUGCUGGCAGCUAUAGAGCGAGCAAAAGAAAAACGAAUCAAGGAUAAGGCUGCAGAAGAGAGGUUCCCACCGUGCAACUCCGAGUGGGCACAGCACACUGGCACUAUACUGUGGUGCAGCAAGAAGAGCGGUGGCAUCGAACGGGACUGGGUGGGAGUACCGCGGCAAUAUUUUGAGCCCGGGAAACCCGACCCGAGGUGUGUGUGUGUUCGAAAUACGGGACCACCUUCGGACAAUCCCACGGCCACCGACCACAAGAACCGGGGUGAUCUCGACCACCCGCACCUCAAAGAAUACCCAGGCUGUGUGCCGACAUCGGACACUUGCAAGCUAGGUACAUGAUGGUGAGCACAGACGAGCGUAUUUUUAAUUUUGACUUCUCCUUGGGCUUUCAAACUUCCACUCACCAGUGACUACAUGAGAACUGUUUUACUCGCAACACCACCACUAGCGUGUGUUCAGAGCCUAUUGCUUGUUAUGUCCAUUGUUGUUGUUCUUUGUUUGUACUCAACUUUGAUAACAUGUUGCAUACGUUGUGCAUGGAUAUCUAACUGCCUAACAUGGAAUUCACCGUUGAUUUCUCGUCACAUUUGUAUUGUGGUUUGCAAAUGGGCAUUGACGUAGACGGGUUACCCAAGGUUGUCGCAAACCACUUUCUGUUGACUGAAGCUGCCACAUUGUGAUCCAGAGUAGUCUUGUGGAGUGUUCCCAGUGUUUAUAAUCAAUAAAAGUUUCUAAAGUGCGUGAAUAAAACCGUUUAAACA